AUGGAGAACCGCCAAACGACGAAGAAAAAAUCAUCCAACAAGUCCACCAAGCGGCGGAGCGGGAAACGAAACGCGUCGACAGAGAGGAAUAAAAAGCGAGCGAUGAUGAGCGAUGUUCGAGACGCGAGCGCGAGCGACGGUGGAUUCUUCAACAUGAGCGCGUACGGUGACGGGAAGAUCGGGGGACCGACGAGACGGAGCGCCAAGGGCGGGUGGACGCCCGAGGAGGACGAGUUGCUUCGCAGAGCGGUGGCUGUGCACAACGGGAAGAAUUGGAAGAAGAUUGCGGUGCACUUUAGCGACACGCGCACGGACGUACAGUGCUUGCACAGGUGGCAGAAAGUUUUGAAUCCGGAUUUAGUCAAGGGGCCGUGGACCACGGAGGAGGACUCGAAGAUCAUUCAGCUCGUUACUGAGCUCGGUCCGAAGCGAUGGAGCAAGAUCGCGAGCGAACUUCCGGGGAGAAUCGGGAAACAGUGCCGAGAGCGGUGGUACAAUCACCUAGAUCCCGAGAUUAAGCGUGAGGAGUGGAGUUCAGAGGAGGACCGCCAGCUCAUACUCGCACACGCAGAGUACGGCAACAGGUGGGCGGAGAUCGCAAAGUCGUUCAAGGGACGCACCGAUAACGCGAUCAAGAAUCACUGGAACUCCACGCUGAAACGAAAGGUUGAUCAGGCGCUGAAUCAAGGCUUAUCGGCGCUCGCGGCGGCGGAACCGAGCGCUGGCGGAUCCAAGGGAAAGAGCUUGACCGUGAAGAAGCACGCGGCGACGCGCAAGGCGCUGGCGUUGAAUCCGGCACACGCGAACCGAUCGCACCAACCCAACGCGGGGUCGAGUUUACAGUACAGAGGUGGUGUGGACAUGAGUAGACGUGCCUCCUCGUACGCGGCGUCGCCGACCAAGUGUGGCAUUCGCCGGAGCAUGUUUGACGUGUCUGACGGCGAGGCUUCAAAUCCACCAGGAAUUAUCAAUGCCAACAUCUUUGCCUCUCCGUACGGCUCGCAGAGCGUCGGUGGCUCGCCGUAUUCAGACAUUCGCGCGAACGCCGUGGAGGGGAGCCCGUUCAGGAUUGGUGAGAUUCUCGACGAAUUUGCCAGCGCUAGUGACUCGCCUCAACAAUUGACAACGUCGCCGGUUUUUGAGACGGCGUCGACACCGCAAGGGGCGUAUCACGGUAUCGGCAUCACUCCGCCGAACAAGCUGGCGCUUCCAUCGGGCGCCGCGAUGGCCGCAGUGGAGGGGCUGGACGUUGCGAAGAUACCAGAUGCGCGCACGCUGGAAGCCUCGAACAUCAACUUGUCGAACGUUCAAAUGCCGAAGAUGCCUGGCAUCAACUCGAUCGAGGAUUUGCAAGCGUUCGUUUCACCCGAUAGAAAGAAGCGAGGGCGCAACAUGCGUUUGUCUCACCUCUUCCGCCGAAGCGGUAAACAGGCGAAGACAAGCGACGAUUCCACUGGUGUCGCUGAAAACGUCGACGCAGUGAACUUGAUGCGCACAGUUAAAAGCGCAAACACGAGCAUGUAUGACCGCGCGGAGGAACUCUUGCGUGGUGUUGACGUCACAGAAGUCCCAAUUCUCGCUGGGAUGACGACGCCGACGAGACCGAGACGUAACGACACGGUAGCUCCGGUUCCGUUUUCGCCAUCUCAGUUCCUCGCCUAG